ACUAAGGUGGCAGCACCUAAAACAUGCGUGUUUCGACUGGGCAUGUAAACUAUACAAUUUAAAAGUUUUCAUGUACAGUUUUUUAUAAUUUAUAAAAAAUUGACAAAUGAAACGAAAAUUGAAACGCUAUUUCCAUUAUUCGGAUCGCCAAAUGAGUUAGAACUAACAGAUGACUGCUAAACGUGCAGCCAAACGAUGAAUUAUUUAAAUAAUUCAACAAGCAGUGGAGUGACUGGUGAUUCUGGCCUUCAAUUGAACAAUGUUGAAGUGUUAUAUUCAAAAGUGCAAAGAGUUUACCUUAAACCACAGCAUAAAGAGGAACGUCAACGCGAGCUUAGGGUUAAUGUGGAAAUACAUGCAGGUCUCAGUCCAGUGUGUCGCAAGAGUUUAUGUGUCUUAUUGGCAGAUGACGAUGAUCCAUGUUUUCUUUAUUCAUUGUUUAUCUCAGAAGAUGAUUUUAAAGUUUUAAAAUCUCAACAGGGAUUAUUGGUAGAUUUUGAUAACUUUGCAACUCAAUUAAUACAUCUAUUAGAACAAUGUCAAAUAUUACCAUCAAACUUAUCGAAAACACCACCAAAGUUUUUGUUAUUAUUAGCUGAAGAAAGUGGAGAAUGGAUAUUUAAACUAGUUGAAACAAAUAAUUUUAAGCACUUGUGUCAUUUAAGUUUAAAUAUAUCACCAGCAUGUGAUUCUGAUUUAAAAACUCAUAUGGCCAUGAAAAUUAAACAUCUGAAAGAAAAUAUUCAACAACAGAAUAGAGUGGCAGUUACAUUGGAAACAAGAUUAAAUGAAUUAUCAAAUCAAGUAGAAACAAAAACAAGAGAAUUAGAACAGUUAGAACAAAAGUAUAGAACAGAAAAGAACCAAAUACAAAUAUCUUCUUCUGAACAAAUAAGUUUAGAGAAAGACAGAUUCUCUAAGGCUCAAUUAGAGUGGCAAUGUCAAAGUGAAAAAGAAAAAUUAGAAAUAGAACGUAGACAUACAGAAAUGGUAAAACAGCUUCAUACUGAACUUGCUGAAUUACGUACCCAAAAUUUAACAUACAAAGACAAGCUAUCUCUUCUUGAAGCAACAAAUAUAGAACAAAUUAGACAAUUACAAAAUCUUGAGAAAGAACUUAAUGUUGCUCAAAGAGAUUUAAAUUUAUUGAAGAAACAAAAUUCUAAAUUGGAUACAGAUUAUCAUGAAAGAGAUAAAAUGGUAAAUAGUUUAAAGACUAAAGUUGCUGUACUGGAGCAAGAACUGAAAGAUAAAGGUAUACUUAUUAGUAAACAUACGGAAAUGUUAAAAACAGCAAAAGAACAAAAACAACAUCUUGAAGAUCUUUUGGCCGAAAAAGAUGGUCAGUUGCAACGUAAACAAAAUUCGUUGAGAAAUUUAAGUGAUGAGCUGGUUAAGGCUAAUGAAAUAUUAACGAAGCUACAAAACGAACUUGCUUCAACUAAAUCAAAAUUAAAAUUAAGAACUAGUAUAGCUCUUGAACAAGAAAGGUUGUUAGAUACUAAACAAAAAGAAGUUGGUCAAUUAGAAAGUAAAAUGGAAAGUUUAAUAAAAGAAACGAAAGAUGCAAAAACUGAAGCCGAGAAUUUGAAAGAACAGCUUAAAAUGCAACAAAAUCAAUUGGAAGAGAAAGAAAAGAUAAUAAAAAAUAAUGACAAUGUAAUUAGUUGGUUGAAUCGACGAUUAGCAGACAAUCAAUCUCCGUUACAAAGUGUAAAUGCGGCAGCAGUAACCGUACCUUCUUCAAUUCAGUUAACAUUACCUAGAACGAAUAAGUUAAUCUCUACUAAGUAUGAAACACGUACACCAGUGCCUAGUACAGUGCAACCAAAUACAUUUUCUGGAUUCAGGAAUCCAGUUGUACAAAAUCCAAACAUUAAUCAAACUACACGAAUGGCAGCAAGAUCAAUGGGUGUUGGUAUUACGGAUAGCACGGGUGGAUUCGCCAAGGUUUUUUUAAUGACUGACGUUAGCAAUGGAAAUGAAUAUGCAUGCAAGAUCAUUCGAAAAAAUCGGAUGCAGAAGAUUCACAUGCAAAAGAUCGCUCGUGAGAUAAUGAUUCACAAAGAGCUGAACCACGCGAACGUAGUUCAACUCCAUCACUACUUUGAGGAUAACCUUAACGUGUAUAUGCUUCUGGAAGCCUGUCCUCGAAAGAGUUUGAUGCACGUGUUGAAGUACCGUGGCAAAGUCACAGAACCGGAAGCACGGUAUUACAUGAGACAAAUGGUGACCGGCGUUGCGUACAUCCACUCCCAGAAAGUUGUUCAUCGGGAUUUGAAGCCAGGUAACAUGUUCCUAUCGGAUCGUAUGAUCGUGAAAAUUGGAGACUUCGGGCUGGCAACGAGGCUCGAUGGACAAUGUAGACGAGUGACAAUAUGCGGGACACCGAAUUACAUUGCACCGGAAGUGUUGUAUAAACAAGCGUACAGUUACGAAGCGGAUGUUUGGGCGCUUGGGUGCAUACUUUACGCCCUGCUGGUAGGGCAACCACCUUUCGACACUGCGACAUUGAAGGAAAUUUACGCAAGGAUAUGUAAUAAUAAUUAUCGAGAGGUUGACGACACGAUAGCAAGUCGAAGUGGACAGGAUCUCAUUAAAUGGCUACUUCAACCGAAUCCAGAGCUCAGACCAUCCUUGGAAAGGGUUAAGGAACAUGCUUAUCUCACCAAGGAAUACGUACCGACUUCCUUACCCCGUAUCUCUUGCUUCCAAAUGCCACCCACGUCUAUUAUCGACCCCAUGUCGUCGCCCUCUGCUAACUCUACCACUUCUAGGAAUCAAAAACUAAAUAAAAUUCAGGUUCAUACAACGCAACAAAUCCCGCAACAACCAUCGCAACCGCAGUCACAACCACUGCAACAGCAGCACCAAAUCAACCGAUCUCAGAAAAUUUUACGAAAAGAAUCGAAAGUUAUCAGUUGGUUAGCCAGAAAACUUCCAAAAGUCCCGAAAUUCCGGCAAAGAUUAAGCAGCGUUCUUUGUCCUGAUCACAAGAAAAUGGGAUACAUGGCACAAAGUAUGCAAAUGCAUCAAGCAUUAGAAACUUGCAUUACAGAGAUCAAGUGUAAGAAUAAAUUAACUAAUCAUCCACCAGUAAAAGACAUUGUACCUCUGUUCAUUACCAAGUGGAUUGAUUACUCGAACAAAUACGGCCUAGGUUUUCAACUUUCUGAUAAAUCUGUUGGCGUUCUCUUCAAUGAUAACACGAAAAUUAGUUACACACAUGAUAGAAGAAGGGUGGAGUAUGUGACAACUGAUGACGAAGUAACAAGAUAUCAUAGAGAAGAAGACAUCCCAGUUGUUCUGCAAGAGAAACUUGAAUUGCUACAGCAUUUUACUCAGUAUAUGGAUAAAUUCAUGACUGAAGGUGGAGAGAUUAAGAAACACCGAGCUGUGACAAAACAGUCGAAGAAUGCUUGCGUGCCGCGAAUGAGGAGAUGGUUAAGAACUGAUAAAACCAUCGUAAUGGAACUAACAGUACCUCUUUUGCAAGUGAAUUUCUUCGAGGAUCACACGAAAUUGGUUGUCUCUCAGGAAUCUCCCCGUAGAGGAUAUAUAAUAACGUAUAUAGACACUAGUAGACGCACAUCUUCUUACUGGUUAAACGACAUACGGGAUUUUGGUUGUACCGCCGAUCUCUAUGAUCGUUUGUAUUACGUUUACAAAGUAUCCAAAGAAUUUGCCGAAAUGCAUAGCAAUACAAUCGCUUGACCGUCAAAGAUACGUCGAAAAAUGCGUUGUACAUUGAAAGCUUGAAAUUUUCUUUCUAAGAAUGUCAUGUCUGUUGCGUUAGCUGCACUCGUGUAACUUUAAAGAAAUUUAUUUCUUAUUUUUAUUGGGGAACGUAAAAGGAAUACAUUCAAACCGUUAUUUUCUUUCAAUAAAUUUUCAAAGGUUAAUUUGAAAGCAUUUCGUCUCGAGAUCAUCUGGCAAAAGAACCAUCAGUUUCGCAGACACUUGGCGGUCCCUGGCCCGAACUUGAAGCAUCCAGGGAGACGAACGUACCUCUCCUACGCCUACAAUAUCAAUUAGAUAGUAUAUUUCCGAUCAUGUCUAGCAAAAUUGAUAAGCCACCGAGAGCAUAUUUUAUUUGUUUUUGUAUAAGUGAUAUACCGUGUACAAGAAUUGUAAUAUUUGUGAGGAUUUAGAUAUGGGUUGUCCAAUUUUACGAUCUCUGAAUUGUUAUGGUAAGCAUAACGAUAAUGAAUGUUAAAUAAUGAAGAAUUACACCAAACCGUGUGACAGAAUAGUUAUUUUAAUAUUAAAUUAUAAUAGCAUAACACUAUUUGUGAUAAGUAGCGAAAGAAAAAAUUUGUUAAAAUAAAACACGUGUAAUGCGUUUUAGAAAAAGAAAAAUCAUUUUUACAAUGCCAAACGUUCAUAAUUCAAGUGCCUACUGAGUGCAUGUGCGUGUGUGCAAUAUAAAUUUAGACUGUCAAUCCAUUUAUUGUAGAAAAGCUUGAUUAGUUGAAGGAACACCGGAAAUGUAAUAGAGCCUAAGUUGGAUGACCCUGUGAUGACGUAAAGUAUUUCAAACUGUAUCUGUCGCUCCAUGCUAUUAAUAAUGAAAUCGUAAUGUUAAGUGAACCAGUCGAAUUGACUUCGUCGAAUGACCUGGCGCACAUUAAUUUUUGUUUUAGGAAUUUUCCAUUGUGGGAAAUUGUUUAUUGCUCUAAAUACAGUGAGCUCUAUAAGUAAU